UGGUUGUCGUCUACGGGUCGAUACUCGCCCAGCAGUCGACGAUGACAAGUGCCGACGCGGAUUUUCUCGAGACUUUAGUUGGCUUUACGUGUGAUUCAUCUUUAGAUUUCUAACUAGAAAACCUAUUUUCUACGCGGAUAUUGUGGAACAAAAAUGACAAAAUAGAAUUAAACAAGUGCCCUAAAAAUUUAGCAAUCUAAACCAAUCCCAAAGUCUAAUCACAUUUUUUAAUAAUCAAAGGGAAUCCCUAUAGUGUUUUUCAACCGUCGUGUGCUCGUGUAGUGGUGACACGGUACCUUUUUUUUGUUCGACGUUUCUUUUCAUGAAAUGUGCCGGUCACUCCUUCGAUUUUAUGCCGGCGCCUUUUACCACUAGUCGAUACGAUUUCCCAAUUUCUCCCGGGUUGUUGCGUUUUCCCUCCGUCCAAAUCUUUAAAUCUCAUUUGUGGUCAUUACUAGAAAAUUCGAGUCGCUUGCCUGUUCGUCGUAUGUGAUUAUUUUCCUUGACGAUUUAUUCCUACUAGUACUUAAUGGACUGAAGAACAUCAGUGAACAGUCACAAUGGAUGUCUCAAAGCUACCAAUGUACAUCUGGGGUUCUAUACGGUUCUUCUUGAUCAUUGUCAACAACUUGUACUGCAUACCCACACACUGCUUGUGGUUGCUAACCCUCUCGCCUUUAAAAUGGUUUUUGCCUAAAGUUUACUUAACUUUGGAAGGCUUUGGUUUCCAAUGGCUACUUUCCAUGGUGUCUGCAUGGAGUUAUACAGCUGGUUAUAGUGUUAUUGAAAUGGGUGAUGACAUUCACAGAGUAGUCAAUGAUAAAGCUCUAGUGUUAAUCAAUCAUCAAUCAACCUCUGAUGUGCCAUUGAUAAUGGCGGCCUUCGACGGUCGUACCCGUAACAUUAUGUGGAUUAUGGACAGAAUGUUCAUGAAAACCAAUUUUGGAGUGGUUUCGUGGUUCCACAAGGAUUUCUUCAUUAGCUCGGGGAAAGCGCGCCGAGAUCAGUCCUUGACGGAACUGACGACACACCUGUCUGAAGUCUACAUGCCUUUGAAUCGAACUUGGAUCCUGUUGUUUCCCGAGGGCGGUUUCUUGCGGAAACGGCGUGAAAUCAGCCGUAAAUUCGCCCUACAAAACUCUCUACCCAUAUUGCAUCACACGACCAUACCUCGCGUCGGGGCCGUUCAGAACGUCGUCGCUACAAUCGGCCCUCAAAGGGCCAGGAAUGUGACCAACGGCAAUCUCUCGCCUGACUGGGCCGACAGCAGUCUGAAAUGGAUCAUCGACUUGACGAUCGCCUAUCCCAACGGUAACCCCUUGGAUAUUCUGACCAUCUUUAUGGCGUCCGCCCCUCCGUGCAGCACCAUAUUCCACUACCGGUGCUAUCCCAUUGCCGAGGUGCCCACGGACAACGAGUUGCUGAAGCAGUGGGUCUACGAUCGAUACAUCGAGAAGGAAACGCUGCUGGCCACGUAUUACGAGACUGGCAAAUUCCCGGAUCACCGCCGACCCGGUGAGUUUUGCCACCCGCGCCCAGUACUUCACGACGGAUUCCGUACCGUCAUUCUUCACGCCCUCUACAUCACGUCCACUCUGUUCCAUUGGAACCUGCUGACAUUGCUCUCCUCUUCGAUUUUCUGAAAUAUUGAGGUGAUAUGGUUUCACCCACGUGUUCGAGUCACAUAGCUUUUUUUUCUCUCUCAUUUUUGUUUUUUGUUGAAAUUUUUUUUUCCUUUCGUUCUCCUCAAUUCGUGUCGUCUCGUGUUGCACGCCAUUGUUCGUGCUGGCCGUUCUGUCAAGUUUCCCAUCCGCACGGAGUAGAAAUCCUCCUUCAUCCAACUCCUCCCGUCUCUCUCUCUUACCCACAUUUAUCCAUCCAUCCAUCCCUACCGUUUCCGACCUUAAAAAACAAAAAAACAAGCGAAAUUCCUGCCCGUCUCUUUCCUUAGCACCCGUGCAAAGUCAGGGACUUCAUUAUCAUCGUGUGCUGUCUGUGCGCCUGUGGAUUCGUUCUGUACGUAGUAGCAAAUGGUGUCUCACACUGUUUUGACAUGUUUAUGGCCGUUUUUUUAUGAUAUAAUCUUUGAGUUGAUUAUAUGAUACCUACACUCA